AUGAUUGAGUUGCAAGCAAUUGGUAAUAGUAAUACAACUCAAGUUAGGAAUAAUCUAGCAAGUAUUGAUCACAAUACUCUAAAUAAUAAACAAAGAAUAAUAUUUGAAAAAGUCGAAGCACAUUAUAUUGCUUUAACUUUAAAUGAAACUGUUAAGCUUUUGCGAAUUAUUAUUAUGGGCAUUAUUGCCUUUAAUAUUCAAGGCAGUACUAUCCAUUCAUUGCUUUCCAUUCCAAUAUGUAGUACAAAUUACAAGCUUGAAG